AGUCACGUGACGUCAUUGACAACCGUCAAUCGCAAUCGGAAAAGAACGUUCUGGUGCGUUAAGCGUUGGUUUUUCAAGCAAGAAAAAAUCUUUUAGGUUAAUCGACUUUUUGAAAUUAGCCUCAAAAUUUAGUUUUUCUCACUAUUACUAAAAUUGUUUGAAAAUCAGAGUGUUUGUAAAUAUUUUAUAUUGGAAUAGUUGCCGUCAAAAGCAGUAAUAAUAUUAGCACAGGUAAGAUUAAAGUUAGUAAUAUUUUUUAGUAUUAUCAUACUGCUUUAAUUAUAUCUAUUCUUAUUGUUAUGUCUCUAAGUAUUCGAGCUUUUUCUCUCUCUCUUUAAUUUGUAAUACUUUGUUUAUAGUUAAAAAAAGGAUGUUUGCACUUUUAUACUUUUCUAAAAUGAGAGCAUAUUUAAAAAUCAAUUAACAUAUCAUGCCUUCGAUAAUCCCCUUGUAAAAGUGUUUUUUAAAGUAUAGUAUUCACGAAACUUGAACUAUCAGCCUAGGUUCUCUACAUUCCCUUACAAUCGAACAGAUUUACUCAGUACCGAUCAGCUGAAUAGCUUGUGUUUGCACAGAAAAUAAACAACUUUAAUAGUAUUGUUCGUGUUUGUCUUCUUGCAGUAGAAGCCGUCAAAAAUUUGCAUUGUUUUAUUGAAAAUACUCAAAAUUAAUGGAUAGUAUUAUCUGUUUUCUUUACAAUGAUAAGAAAUUUUUACCGCAUACGAGCUGAAUUUAUCGCUACUUAAUCAUUGAAAUACUUACUUAUAAUUGAGAUAAUUCAACAAAGAUAUUUGAAUUUUUCGAUAAUCAAUUAUUCCAUAUGAGGUCUACAAAGUACAGUCCAUUGAGGAAUAUUUAAUAAGAUAUACUUAUUAAAAAAACAACGUUAUUACCCUAUAGAAACGACUGGAGGAACGGGAGGGUAAGUGUGUAUUAAAAGGGCUGGUGAAAGGCGAUAUGAGUCCUUGUAGAAGAAAAGGUCUGCUAGAAAAGAAAACAACUUAUGCAUAUUUAUUGAAAACCAUUUUUGUAUAAUCAUUCAUUAAUUAUAAUUAAAAUAAUUAAGUCUUUUUAUUAGUAAUAGUAUAAACCAUUCUUACAAACAACACGUUAUUUGUGAAUAGGUGGGUCAUAUGAAAAAUUUUAUUAAUCAAUUAUUUCGCAGGCACUUGAAUAAAAUACAAUAUCGGCGUUCAAUAAUCUAUUGUAUAGAAUAAUUAAGGUUUUUGACAUGUAAUUUCGAGCGGUUAAAAAGACUGGGAACUCUUUAUCGAUUUCAUCAUUAGCAUUGUUUCCAGUUUACAUUCCCUUUUCAUAAAUUCCUAAUAAAGAAGUUGACUUUUUACUCUUUAGUUAGUAUUUAUUAUUUAAAAGAAAAGAGAAUAUCUACUUAUUUCUUAUCGGUUUAUUCCGUAACAACGACAGUUUUAUAAUUCGAACUCGGAUUACAAAACCACGAAAUCUUAUACAAUAUACACAAUUUACUGUAUGGUUUAUGCAAUAUAUAUAUAUAUAUAUAUCCUUUGUGUAUUUAUUUUCCUCCAGGACAAUCAUGGCGUCAAGUGCCCUUCCAAAACUAGCGCCAGCAACAAAAACCUCCGCACAUCUCUAUGAAACUUAUCCUAGGCCACUGAAAACUGCUCCUGAGAUCCAAUUGCCAAGAGUAAAUCCAUUAAGACCAAUGCCACCUUUAAGGAGGACUGUAGCCCUUGAAACAAUGAUUCCUCAUUAUCAUAAUGAGCAAAGAGCAAAAUUAAUGCAAAGAAGAGAACAUCAUCGAUAUCACAAUGCGUGGGGGAGAUAUUAUUACGGUUCAAAUGCUGAUAAGGAGUCUUAUAGGUCGUAUGUGAGGAAUGUUCUUAAACAGCAAAUGGCCGAUAAAGAAAGAAACGUAAAAGAAGGUUUAAACUCAAAAAUUGAAGAAUCUGAAAAUGCUGUUAAAUACGAUCGACAAUGUUUAACUGAUGAUGCCAGAGAUGCUUACAGAAAAUUUGUCUAUUUAAAAGGCUUUACGGCCGAAAAUAAAAAGAUGAUGGAAGAUAGCUGGAGCGAUAGACGAAGAAUUAAAAGUCUCGAAAACGAACACGAUAGAGAGUUAUUAAAAUAUAAUCCAAUUAACUGGAGCUGUACGCUUAAAUAAUUGGAUGCAUGAUAUUUUUAUAUAUUGACGAAUAAUCAUCGGAGAUGAAGAAACAAUGAAUGACAAAAAAAGGAUGCUAUACAAUAGAAGAACUCAACAAAAUUUAUAUAUAUAUAUAAAAAAAACACUAAACUACAAAAGUAAACAAGAUAAAAACCGUAGUCCUUGUAUUCUUCCUCUGCUGUAUAUUUCAGUAUUAUGUUCGAGUGCCAACGAAGCGAAAAAAAAAUACUUUCUUUCCUAAAAUAUAUAAGAAAGAUCUUUUUUUCAUUUUUGUAUUAUUAAUUCAACUAUAUUAACUUUACAAGUAUUAUUUUAGAUAUUAAAUAGUCUCUAUACAAUGUAUACUAUAAUAUAAAGCAGUAUUAUUAAUAUAAAAAGAUAUAUCCAAUAGAUGGCAGUUAAAUGAAUAUCAACUUAAUAAUUAUGUAAAAACUAUGAAUAAGAUACUUUAAGAGGAUGAACAAAUGGGUAUCUAUUAUUUGUAUAUUUAAUUAAAGAGAGUAUAACUAUACUGUAUAGCAAUAACGAUAAUAAAUAAUUGUUAAAAUAAUGAAAGAACACGAUUACUUCUUUGUAUUUCUUAGACGAUUACAAACAAGAAGUAACCCCCAUUACCUUUUCAUUAUAUUUAAA